UAGUUUUUAUAAACACACUAUAGGUAUACAUAAUUAAUGUUUAACCUAACAUGAUUUAAACUGACAGUAGUGUAGUUAAUUUUAUUGAUGUAAUUUAUUUGUAAACAAUAUUCAAGAAAAAUCAUCAAUUAAAGUAAACGUAAAGCAGUACAAUGAAACGAUUCAUUAUUUUUUCUAUUCUUAUAAUUUGUGGAAUUUUCGACACUUUUGCCGAAACGUGUCAGAAGCCUGAAGUCGUUGCUUCCGCAUAUGUUACAGAAGAUGCAACAAUUCUGACAAAUGUUGCAUUCACAACACAAUUUGUACUUAAGUGUAGUAAUGGCGUGAAAGGUAUUACCUUAUACGCAGAGGUUGAUGGUAAAUCAUUACCAGCUGCCAGAUUAAGUUCUGAUAACAAAUAUCAGGUUUCUUGGACAGAAGAUGUGAAAAAAGCACGUUCUGGAGAUUACAAUAUAAAAUUAUAUGACGAUGAAAGAUAUGCAGCUAUACGUAAAGCAUUAAGAAAUGGAGAAGAUCCAAAUAGCGUGAAACCCUUAGUUGUUGUAGUGCUUAAUAAUCCAGGCAUAUAUCGUGGACCUUGGGUUAACUCAGAACUCCUUGCGGUCCUUUUAGCUGCCUUAGUGUCAUAUUCCGCCUUCUCUUCUAAAUUCAAGCUACUUGCUUAAUCAUUUUUUACAAUUAAUAAAUUUGUUAAAGUUCUUAUGUAAAUUAAAUAUUACUUAAACAAACAA